AUGUCUUCUUCUCUUGAACAGCUCAAGGCCACUGGCACCGUUGUCGUUUGCGACUCCGGUGACUUUGCCACCAUUGACAAGUACAAGCCCCAGGAUGCUACCACCAACCCCUCCCUCAUCCUCGCUGCUUCCAAGAAGCCCGAAUAUGCCAGCCUGAUCGACGCUGCCGUUGAGAAGGGUAAGAAGCAGGGCGGUGAUGUUGACGCUCAGGUCGACGCCGCCCUCGACUACCUGCUCGUCGAGUUCGGCACGAAGAUUCUCGACAUUAUCCCCGGAAAGGUUUCCACCGAGGUUGAUGCUCGCUGGUCUUUCGACACCAAGGCCUCCGUUGAUAAGGCUCUGCACAUCAUCAAGCUGUACGAGGAGGCUGGUAUCUCCAAGGACCGCAUUCUCAUCAAGAUCGCCUCCACCUGGGAGGGUAUCCAGGCCGCUCACAUCCUGCAGUCUCAGCACGGCAUCAACUGCAACCUGACCCUCAUGUUCUCUCUCGUCCAGGCCAUUGCUGCUGCUGAGGCCGGUGCUUUCCUCAUCUCCCCCUUCGUCGGCCGUAUCCUGGAUUGGUACAAGGCCGCUCACAAGCGCGACUACACCCCUGAGGAGGACCCCGGUGUCAAGUCCGUCCAGGCCAUCUACAACUACUACAAGAAGUACGGCUACAAGACCAUCGUCAUGGGUGCCUCUUUCCGUAACAGCGGUGAAAUCACUGAGCUGGCUGGUUGCGACUACCUGACCAUCUCCCCCGGUCUUCUCGAGGAGCUGUACAACUCCACCAAGCCCGUCCCAAAGAAGCUCGAUGCUUCCGCCGCCGCCAGCCUCGACAUCGCCAAGCGCAGCUACCUCAAGGAUGAGGCUCUGUUCCGCUUCGACUUCAACGAGGAGGCCAUGGCCGUCGAGAAGCUGCGUGAGGGUAUCUCCAAGUUCGCGGCUGACGCCGUCACCCUCAAGGACAUCCUCAAGCAGAAGGUCCAGGCUUAG